AUGGAUACCUGGGUGUGCAUUGUCUUGAAACGCGACAGUGGCCUGAUCCAGUCUGGAGUGAAGCCAUUGCUAGACGUGCAAAAAUUCAGCUGCACCACCUCUAGCCCACGUCUAGGACGUCGCGAUCUGCGUGAAGGGGCUAGAACUGACCAUGUGGUGUUGCACUGCACAGGCCACCCUACCAAAGUCGCUCCCAGACCUGCAUCGAAGGCAUAA